CGGACGAGGCGCUGUCACCCUCGCAGUUCGCCCGGGAGCCUCGUCGGCGAAGGAGCGCGCUUGUUCUCUUCUCUUUCUGAACGAGCGUUAACCUUGUCACCUCUACUCCGCCUUCGACAACUGUCAUCCUAGAGAAGAAAAACAAAAGGAGUUUUCUCUCUCUUCGGCUCCCGCAUCUUCCUUGAACAGCCAGUUACACAGCAGCAGCAAAAUGAGUAAAUACACACGUCAACAAUGGCUCACCCUGAUCGUGUUCGCCAUCGCCGACUUCUGCAGCGCGGUGUGCGUGUCCCUGCAGGCGCCCUUCUACCCCAUGAUGGCCGAGUCUAAGGGCGCCUCGCCCACCCAGUAUGGCUUCGUGUUCGGCAUCUUCGAGCUGACGGUGUUCAUCGUGUGCCCCAUCUACGGCACGUACCUGAACAAGAUCGGGCCCAAGUUCAUGUUCAACGCCGGCAUCUUCACCACGGCCACCACCUGCAUCAUGUUCGGGUUCCUGGACCGCGUGAACGACACCACGGCCUUCAUCGGCCUCUCGUUCGUCAUCAGGAUCGUGGAGGCCAUGGGCAACUCGGGCUUCCUAACGGCGUCCUUCAGCAUCAUCGCCAAGGAGUUCCCCGAGAACGUGGGCGCGACCUUCGCGUCCCUUGAGACUUGUUUCGGCCUGGGUAUGAUCGUCGGUCCCACCCUGGGGGGCGCCCUCUUCGAACUGGGAGGCUACACGCUGCCCUUCGUGACCCUGGGCGGCAUGCUGCUGGGCGCCGCUUCUCUCACCUUCUGCAUCCUUCCCUCCUACGGCUCGGACUUCAAGGGCGAGAGUGAGUCCAACGGUAACGUGCUCUCCCUCCUGAAGGUGCCGUCCAUCGCCCUUGCCGCCUACGCCAUCAUCGCCUCCUCCAUCAGCAUCGGCUUCCUCCAGGCUACGUUGGAGCCCCACCUGCGGCCGCUGGAGCUGUCGCCCUUCCAGCUGGGUCUCAUGUUCGUGCUCAACGGCGCAACCUACGGCAUGUUCGCACCCCUGUGGGGCUGGCUGUGCGACAAGCACAUCAACCCGCGGUUCGUGGUGGUGUUCGGCGCCUUCGUCACCAUGGCGGCCUUCAUCCUGGUGGGGCCGUCGCCCUUCCUGCCCAUCCCGACCACGCUGCCGCUCUGCAUCUUCGCCCUGGUGCUCCACGGCACCGGCUUCGGCGCCGAGCUCGUGGCCACCUUCACCAGCGCCCACAAGGACGCCGUGGCCAACGGCUUCCCCGACGACAUCAGCACCUACGGCCUCGUCUCCGGCAUGUGGACGUCGACCUUCGCGCUGGGGGCCUUCAUCGGGCCGUCGGCCGCUGGGGCGCUGUUCGACUGGUGCGGCUUCGCGUGGGCCACCGUGUGGGUGGUGGCGCUGCACCUGGUGGUGGCCGUGGCCUUCAUAACCCACCUGUGCGUGAGCAAGAAGCCGCCCAGCGAAGGCCUCUACACCAAGAUCCACAACAGCCUGGCGCAGCACGACGCCGAGAAGGCUUCGUUGAUCGGCGGCGGCGCGGCCGGCGGCAAGAAGGGCGAGAAGGCCUUCGCGACCAACAUCACCGACUCCUCGUACUUCAGCGGCGUCUCCGACUCGUCCUCGGAGUACUACGUCUACUGAUCGCGAAGGACUUAGGAUUUUCCAAUUAUAGAAUAUAACCAAUUGCAAUCUUUACCGCGAGUGCCAGCAGCUCGUUCGAGGUUCCAGAGGCUGAGAUGAUCAUCGAGGUGGUCACGACUUUCCCUUUAGCCCUUCAUAUUGGAGGAACACCCGCGCGCUCUCCCACCGGCCGGCCAGGGGGCGAGGCACGCUCCCCAGGCAGUCUUUACCCAAGGAAACUUUCAAGUAGGUCACGGAGAGAUUCCAGAAGUCCUUUCGUCUCGCAAGGAAGGAAACAGAAAUGCGUUAUUUACUCAUGAUGUGUGCAGCCCAACGAUGCGAAUUAAAUUACGUACAUGUUGAUAUAUCUUCGUAAAAUUGUUUUAUUUUCAGACGUUAUAAUGUCUA